CUCAGGUUCCAAGACAUUGGUUCCUAAUGUCUUUGGAACCAAAGUCAUCUUUGUUUGGGGGGAGAGAGUACAUGUUUUAAAUAGUUCUAUGGAUUUGUGUGGCCAUUUGUGACCUCUAGCAAUUUUCCGUUCGAUAAGUCCCGUUCUUCUUCGUUCAGUUGGUUGCUGGCUCUUAUUUUGAUCGUUUCAGUGGGCGUGCCAUCAUCUGAUUCCCCUCCUCUGAUCUCCUUCAUUCAUUUUCUCCCAAGGGUUAAGGGUAAAUCGUCAAAAUGCCGGCCACAGCAGGAAGAGUUCGUAUGCCUGCGAACAACAGGGUGCACAGUAGUGCAGCCUUACAAACCCAUGGUAUCUGGCAAAGUACAAUCGGGUAUGACCCGUAUGCUCCCAACAAGGAAGAAUCCAAAAAGUCGGAGCCAAAAUCCGCUGACCCCGACAAUCCCUACAACAACUUUAGGGGUUUGCUUGACCUUGCUCGGAUGAGUGGCUCUAGUGCUGAUGUGGCUCGUGGGGCCUGCAACAAGUGUGGGCGAGUCGGGCACCUAACGUUCCAGUGCAGAAAUUUUUUGAGUGUUAAGGAGGAGAUCAGUAAAGCAAAGGAUGACGAUGAUGGUGGAAUUGCAGCGGAAUUGGAGAAGUGGAAGGGGAAUAGGGAUAAGAAGGCGAAUGGCGCGAGUGAGGAGAGUAGUGAGGAAGAGGAGAGUGAAAGUUCUGAUUCAGAGUAUGAUUCUGAAAUUGAAAGGGCAAUUGCUGAGAGGUAUGGGAAUGUUUCUAAGAAGGUUAGUCAUAAGGUAAAGAAGCCAUCAUCGGGAAAGAAGAGGAGCGAUGAUUCAGAUUCUAAAGAAAGAAAAAGGAGGGGAAGAUCGAAGAGAAGGAGAAUUGGUAAGAGGGGGAAUGGGGGUUCAGAGGAUGAAAGUGAAGAUAAGGACCGUAGGAAAACAAGGAAAGAGAAGAGGCGGAGAAGGGAUGAUUCAUCAGAUGAUUCAGAUGAAGAACAACACAGUAAGAAAAGGAAAGGCCGGAAGGAGAAGAGGAGAAGGAGAAGCCAUAGGCACCCGGAUGAUUCAGACGAAUCAACUGAUGAUUCCUCCCCUCCUCGGCAUAAGCGAAGGGGAAGGAGGCAUGGAACAUCAUCUGACUCUGAUGCCUACAAUUCUGAUGACUUACGAGUUGGGAGGGACAGAAAACGGUCCGAGAAGAGGAGCAGGAAGCGACACCAUGACAAUGAAGACUAAUGUGCUCAUCAAUGAAGAUUGCAAGUGCAACGUGUCCAAAGAGCUGGAGCUUCAAUUACGACUACGGUAUAUUCCAUUAUGCCCCUCUGGAUCUAAGCUCUUCUACAUUGCAAAUUUAUUUGAUUCGUGAAACCCUUUGUGUUUAAGAUUUGUUGAAACUUGGUCGAAUCAUGUGCGCUUUAUUUGUUGCCUUCUUGAAUUGUGUGUUUGUGCCCAAGUGUGGAGUUGUGUCUUUGUUGUUGGCCAUAUGAAAAAAUUGCAUCUUGUAAUUCUUUUGAACUUUGUCACUGGCUUGUUUGCUUGUUAUUGCCAGUAUUUGCUAUUGGUAUC